ACGCGCUUCAACAAAAUGAUCCCUGAAGUCAGACAUUCAGACCUGAUGCUUCUGCUCUCAUGUGGAGGCUCAGAGGUAAAGUUGAUCCACACGGAUAUUUUUCAUCAUCAGGACGCGAAGUGACUUUUUCCCUCCAGCUUUUUUCUUUUCUUCUUCUCCUUCUUGUUCUUCUUCUUCUUCUGACAUCGGAACAGUUUAUUUGUGGCGGUUAAACUCGUGCUCGUGAUGCCCGGUGACCGAUGACCAAAGGGGCAUUCCCCAUUGAUGGCAGUGAUGGAGAACGAGACGUGGCCGCACCCCUCAUUUGUCCCCCAUUAUCUGCUCCGUGGCGACCCGUUCGCCUCGAGACUCUCCAGGGAGGCGGAUAUGGUGGCGGCUUUUUACAUCUGCAUCAUAGGAAUAAUGUCUGCAACAGGGAAUGGCUACGUCAUCUAUAUGACCAUCAAACGAAAGACCAAGUUGAAGCCUCCUGAGCUCAUGACUGUUAAUCUCGCCAUUUUCGACUUUGGCAUUUCAGUGACAGGAAAGCCCUUUUUCAUAGUGUCUAGUUUCUCCCACCGCUGGUUGUUCGGCUGGGAGGGCUGCCGUUUCUACGGCUGGGCCGGCUUCUUCUUUGGUUGCGGGAGCCUCAUCACGAUGACCAUGGUCAGCCUGGACCGGUACCUCAAAAUCUGCCAUCUCAGAUACGGCACAUGGCUAAAACGCCACCAUGCCUUCCUGUGCUUGGUGUUUGUGUGGGUGUAUGCAGCCUUCUGGGCCACCAUGCCCCUGGUCGGCUGGGGGAACUACGCCCCCGAGCCCUUCGGGACUUCCUGCACACUGGACUGGUGGCUGGCCCAGGCCUCUGUGUCCGGCCAGAGCUUCGUCAUGGCCAUCCUGUUCUUCUGUCUCAUCCUCCCCACUGGCAUUAUCGUCUUCUCCUACGCCAUGAUCAUCGUCAAGGUCAAGUCUUCAGCAAAGGAGAUCUCGCACUUCGACGCCCGUAUCAAAAACAACCACAACCUUGAGAUGAAACUCACAAAGGUGGCGAUGCUGAUCUGUGCAGGCUUCCUGAUAGCCUGGAUCCCUUAUGCAGUGGUGUCAGUGGUGUCUGCGUUUGGUGAGCCAGACUCGGUGCCCAUUCCUGUGUCUGUCAUCCCCACCUUGCUGGCCAAGUCGUCGGCCAUGUACAACCCCAUCAUCUACCAGGUUGUGGACCUGAAAAACUCCUGUGCAAAAUCCUCCUGUUUUAAGGUCCUGAAGAAACGCAGUCAUUUUAGAAAGUCGAGGUUCUACACCAUCUCUGGCUCGUUAAAGGACACACCACCAGCCAAAGACGCUCACAUCGAAAUGUGAGACAGACACUUUAGACUGUGUGAACCCCCCCCCCCCCCCCUUACCUAUUUUACUUAGGACAGUUUGCCAUGUUCCAUGACCUCCGUGCCCUGCACUUUCCCAGUCACACGCUGCCUGUCAUCUGCUGUGACACCAUCAACUGCUCACCGUCAGUCUCGCUGCUUGUUUUUACACCCAAGCUGGAGUUUCGUGCUGCUCUUCCCCCACAUCUUUCCCACAAGGUUUUUCCUCAAUCUGUGGAGUUUUAACAUUAUUUGUACAGUGGUGAUGACAUUCAAGUGACAUGUUGCGUGGACUUCUUUACUUUCAUUUUUCAGUAUCGCAGACACACUGUCUGUCAUGCUUUGAAAAACAAAAACAAAAAAACAAAACAAAAACACGCCUGUCACCGGGGCGACUGACUACACUGUUGUGACAACAGUAUGUGGCUCGACUCAGGUUUGAAAACUUAAGAAGAUUCAUGUGAAAUCUGGAGCUAUAACUCGGAAAAGAGUGAAUACGCUAUAAGAAUUUUUUUUGUUAAAAUUAUUUUCAACGUGUCUUUAAAGUUCAACUGCAAAUUAAAAAAAACUAAAAAACGAGAACAAUAUGUGAGCCAUCUUCAAAUCUGGUUUGGGUGUAAUCGUCAUGCACAAAGUUGUAUUUUUACUGUAGCUGCUCCUACACCUGUGGCUUGUAUACUGACUACACUCAUCAAGCACUUUAUCAGGAACACCUGUGCACCUGCUUAGUCGUGCAAUUAUACAAUCAGCCAAUCAUGUGGCAGCAGUGUGAUGCAUGAAACAACAAAACAUCCAGUGAGCAGCAGCUCUGUGGACAGAAACCUUGUCGAUGAGAGAGGACAGACUGGUUGGACUUGACAGAGAGGCUACAGCAGAUCAACCGCAUCUCAGAAUGAGGACCAUGUCGAACCUUGAGGAUUGAUGGACUACAACAUCAGAGGGCCACGUCAGAUUUCACUCCUGUCACCAACAACAGAAAUCUGAGGCUGCGGUGGACACAGUCUCCCCAACGCUGGACGGGUGAAGACUGGAAAACGUACACUGGUCUGAUGGAUCUGGAUUUCUGCUGAGGCAGCAGAUGAAUCCUUGGAUCCAACCUGACUUGUGUCAACAGUCCGGACUGGUGGUGGUGGUGUAAAGAUGUGUGUGUGUGGGGUGUGUUUUCUUGGCCCCUUUAAAACCAAUCAAUCACAGUUUGAAUGCCACUGUCUGAGUACUGUUGCCGACCAUGUUCAUCCCUUCAUGGCCACAGUUCACCAUCUUCUGAUGGCUACUUCCAGCAGGAUAAUGCUCGUCUCAAACUGGUUUCAUGAACACGACAGUGAGCUCAGUGAACUUCGCUGGCCUCCCCUCUCACCACAUCUUUGGGAUCUGCUAGAACAGGAGAUUGUGCAACUGACAAAUCUGCAGAAAUGAUGCGAUGUGGUCACGUCAACAUGCAGAACAAUCUCGACACGUUGUGGAAUCCAUGACACGAAGAACUGAGGCUGUUAUGAGGGCAACGAGGGAGGAACUACCCAGUAUUAGUUUGGUGUUCUAAAUAAAGUGUUCGGUGCAUGUAUUUCAGAGGACACUGAAUCUCUUCAGCUUAUGUUCUCAUCAGAUGUUAAACUGCACACAAGGAGACAUUUUGUGAGUCAAAUCAGUGAAACCGAGACUUUGAUAUUGCUUUUCCAGGGUAUUUUUGCAGAACUUAUCAAAAGCUUUUUUAUUCCUGAGAUGAGUGUUCACGAGUGAGCUAAACGGCUCAAGGCUUAAUGCUUCACGAGGAAACACACACACACACACAGACAGACAGGAUGAGUGCACUUUACUUGCAAAACAGUUCAUUAUGCACUGACAAGAAUUUGGUGUUACACAUGUAUAGUAUAUGUUGUGGAGUUUUGCAGAGAAGUGGAUGGACAUACAAUAUUCAUUCAAAGAAACAACUCCAGACUUUUAUGUUCUUGUAUCGGAAAACAAAAUUGACACAAGAACAUUUAUGGUUAAUUCAGGAACCGUUUUUAAUCUGUGUUCACACUUUCUUGUGGUUUUUUUUUUUUUUUUUUGCCAAAGCCAGAAAUAAUCAUUUUUUUUCCCAUGAUGCAUUAAAGAAAUCGCUGUGGGAAAUGCACUCAUUUUGUUUAAUGCCAAGAGUUAGAGGAGAAGACGGAUACCACUCAUGUUUUUUUAUGAAGGUAGAAGGUAGACAAGGAGGCAAUUAGCCUAGCUUAGCAUAAAGACUGGAAGCAGCUAGCUUAACCAUGUUUUUUUUAUUAACACAUUGUAUCUUGCUUUUUUAAAGCAGCUAUUUUCUAAGUUUUGCUAUUGCUACAUAGCUAACGUUAGCAUUAACAUCUGUUUACUUACCAGUGUAGAAGAAAUGUUGUGAAUUCAGAAUCAACCUUCAUUCUUUUACUCACCAAGAGCUGUCUCCAGAGAUGUAAAGCAACGCUAAUGUUAACUCGCCUCCUAGCUCCAGCUCCAUAACUAAGGCUUUUGGAGAUACAUGAGAGUGACAGGCUGGUAUGACCUGCAAGACAAGUUUCCUGUGACCAAUUUGGGACAAUGAAGCUAGAAUUAACAUUAGCAAGCUAAACUGCUAGCAUGUCUACAGCUGGAUGGCCAAUAUUGCGACGUAGAAGCGGUCAAACAAUACAAAAACAAAUUGGCUUUAUUGUGUUUUUGCUUUAUGGACUUUUUCUUGGUUUACAAGGACUGUUGUGCUCAGCGUUACCUUCCUCUAACCUACUGAAACGUGGCCCGCUGAACCCUUGUAUUGCAGGUCUUAGUGCUUGAAAAUUGAAAGUCUUGUCUGAACAGUUAGAUGUAUCGUAGUCUCCUAUGGCCAGACUUAUCUCCACCUAACUGUGUAAAUGUAUCCCAGAACAUCUUUUCCUUUAAAUUCAAUACUUACUUGGUUUAACGUCUUCCCUUUAAAACACACCUGGGUUCUCAUUCAUAAAAAUGUUCUUUUUAAUGUUCAUGCAUACACAUAUCUGGAAUGAACAUGAGCAAUAUUUAAAGAAAAAAAAAAAAAAUCACUUACUGCAGAUUGUGCACGUCUGUCGCUUGCACCUUCACGCCAUCAUUCAUAAAUUGUUGAAGGUACUCGAUCAAGCUUUUCAGUGUCAUCCAGUGGGUGUGAGGGAGUAAGUUAAAAUAAGGGGAAGGAUCCUUUUGUGACACGAGGCUCAUGCAAAGGUUGGGUUGUAAUGAUCAAGCCUGAGUUAUUUCAGCAUGUAAAUGACCUGAGGACCACGAACCUUUCCACGUCAAGUUCUGCAAUACAGGUUCCUGCAGUCACACCUGGUAGGAUGAGAACUGGUUCUAGAUGAAGCCCUCUGAAUGAUGAAGAACUCUGCAAGUUUGUUCCACAAAUUCAACCUACCACCACCUAGACCAUCCGCACCCCUACAAUCCCGAUCGCUACAUAAAGGGACCAAUGCUUCCUCCAGUGGCACUGAAUGUUGGCAAUGGACAUCAAAUCCUGAAGUUCAGAAUACUCCAGUAUGGACAUGAUGUCUAUGGCCAUUGGGUUUGAAAGUUGUCACUUUACUUUCGGUAAAACAAAUGUAAUUUUUUGAAAUUGUGUUGGGUGAUUAGACAAUCUAUACCAAUGGAGAAGAUGAUUCUACUUUCAUCAUUAUAUUUGGACCUACCUCAAAUACUGCACUAGACAAUGUCAAAGCAAUCAGUCAUAGUCACAGUAAAAGACGGCAUCAAAGUGCAGAUCUUUUAUUCAUUUGGCUGAUUCUCAGAACAUGUGGCCAAUAAACCCUCCUGUACAACAUUUCUUCAACAAAUGGCUGCAGUUUCGUUGAAUUCUCUGGUAAUAUGGGACCUUUUCUAGUGCAGCGAUGCUCCUUUUGCUGCUGAAAGUUGUAUGUCAUUGUCUCGCUGUGCCUUUUGUAAACAUGCCACGUUGUUCCUCUUUUGUUUUCCCAUGUGUGUCUGCACUCAGCUCAAACUUAAGUGUUUGGACAUGUCCUACUGUCUUAAACACCUGACUGGCCUCUAUUAUCACUGCAACACACAUAAGUUAGACACUGUGGAUUCUCUAGCAACUCUUCAGUGUCACUUAUUCAAGUCUAAAUUUAUCCACUGGAUUUACACACUGUGUCUUCGCAUCAGUUUUGUUGUGUCAUUUGUGUUGUUAUAAAUUAGCCCCUUUUUUUUUAACCCUCUUCUGUAACGUCUUGGGAAUAUCACACAAGUAACCAAUACUUAGCUUUUGUGCACAAUUCUCAUUUUGCAUAUAUCCUAGUACAUUGUGUCCUUAGACCCCUGUAAAACACUCCUGCACCAAACCUUUUGCACCAGCUCAGUAUUGCUUUGGUUCUGCACUGUCUACUUCUAUACAGCUUGGACCCUCAUAGCUUGCUGCUUUGCCCAUAAUUAUUUAUGUGUAAAUGGAGAAAAUAAUAUCCUUGGCUCAGAUGUCAUGUUAUGUAAUUUCAGUCAGGUCUGUAUGAAGCCAAUGUCAACAUAGAAGCAACAUGGAAACUGAUGUUUAGUUUUCCAGAGAGCACACUGUACUGUGUACUGAGAGUCAGGACCAAUACUGCUAAUGUUUAUGCACAAAGUAAAGCAUUAUAUCACUGGCCGGGGAGAGUUUCAUAUCUAAAGUUUGGUGAAUAAUCAUAAGCCUUAAUAUUUCACAUAAUAAAUAUUAGAAAUCCUGAACUGAGGUGACCUGGCCUGUUGUUGUUGUUGUUGAUGAUGAUGGUGAUGAUGAUGGUGGUGGAGACUAUGAUGUCCCUGUUUGGCAUCAAAUUGAAUCUCAGGUAUUGGUUGUUAGUUGUCUCGGUCUGUUUCUAGUCUGUCGGUCGAUGGGGAAUGUAUGGGAGUUACGUUUGUUCCAAAAAUGUUCUUACACACAGGCUCAAUACUGUUGUCAGAAUUUACAAUGAGAUUACUGUUGUUUUUCAUCUUUGUGUAUCACAUUGAAUUAUCGUUGCACAUUGUUUUGACUUUGUACAUAUUUCCUGUUUAAUUCUGUCAAUCACUUCUGUUUAUGAACGUUAUAUCCAGCUACACAGACGGCAGCAGUAUUACAUGUGUUUCAUGAUUAUUAUUCAUUUUGACUCACAGAUAUAAUGUAACGGCAUGCAAUUAUUUAUUUACCAUAUUCCAUGAACACACUGACAUAUAAACCACAAUAAACUGUUUCACUCUAUUCAAAUGUGCAGCUGGAUUUGCUGUUUUCUGAUUUUAUCAUCUUUUUCAUGCACUGAUGUCACCUGAAGGUUUUGUGACGUCGAGUUAGAUUCAUCGGUCACAUGAGUUACAGUUGUUAGUUGGUCAGAAACUGUCCGAGGACCGAGCUGAUAAGUAGAGCUGUGGGCCACAUGGAACCACAUACAGUAUUGUAAAUAACCUGGAUGACUAAGAAAUCUAAAAUGCAUAUUCAUUCAUAUGAAUAUGAUCAUUUAGUCUUUAUUAUCCUUUAUUAUUAUUUAUUGCACACACAUACACCUGGAAUUUGCCCAGUCUGAUCUGUCGUCACUGCUUUUUCACUUAACUACACAGGGAUCUAAUUAUUGUUCUCAAAAAACAAAUAAUUUGUCUUUGUGCCUAAGGCUGGGAGAUAUUCAAUAUUUUUCUUCUUCUUCCUGAGCUCAUGAAAAGAAAAAGGAAACAAUGAAUUUAUCCUAUCAAGUAUAUGAAACUCCUAGUCGCAACAUUUGCUUGCUUUUACAUAUUUUUUUAAUGUACAACAAAGCAAGGAAGAUGGGAAGAUGGUGUUUAUGGCUUUAUUUUGUGAUUUUAGAGUGACACGACAGAAUCUAUAGAUAAAUGAAAACAAUGAUAGUCACACAAUGAAUGUACAAAGUCAAGACAAUAUACAAUAAUAUGUAUAAAUAAAGAUGGAAAACAACAGUAUGUGCUCUUAAGAAUAAAAACAGAAUAUAGCCAUGACACUGAUACCUGAUGUACCCCAUACACUGUCCACCUGUGAGUACCAAACACACCAACUGUUCACUUGUAUGCAGUGUCAAGUCCAGUCGAUGUUCAGUGUGUUCACCCUCGCUCUCUGAAUUUGUAUUUAUUUUUCAUGUGAUAUCCAUAUGAUUCUUUGAGACUGAUCUGCGGACAGUUUAAAAUUGGAGCACAUGAUUUGGUGAACACGGUGCAAACAACAGUAAUGUGCUUGUGAGGCCGAGAAAUCACUCAUUUAUUUAUUUUAUUAUUUUUAUUCUAUAUUUUUUUUUAUUUCUUUAAUUAAAUUCAGUGUUUUGUGUGGUGAUUUUCGGAUCUAUCUGAACAUGAAAAUAAUAAUUUUCAUUUUUUAUUUUUUUUAUUUCUUUUUGGAAAGCUGAACUCACAACGAGCUCUCACAGAUGGCCUGGCUAAUAUUUACCGUUUUGUUAUAAUAUUUGCUUGGGUUUGUGAUUGAUGUGAUUGAAUCCAACAUGUUUGAUCGCUGGCAAUAUUUACAAAAAUCUGUAUGAAUAUGCUCGAAGAAGAAUUUGUUCUGUAUUUCCAGUGUUUGAUAAUGAGGUUUAGAAUGACUGGUAGUAAGUAUCAUAUCAUAUCACGAGAUACACUGGUGAAAUAAUCUAUAUUUUCCUUUUUCCUAAUGUGACUUGGUAUCUGUAGGUUCCAAUAAAGAAACAUGUUAUUUUCUUAUA